AUGUUAGUUCAUCAUAUCAGAGCUGUAGCUCCGCGCACCGCUGAAGUGGAGCAGAGCAUGCUGGACGAGCUCCAGCUCAGAGAAGAAGAUCAGCUGGAGAGAAGUCAAGCGAGAGAAAGGUCCAGCCAUCCUCGUGUUUUCCCACCAGUUAGUUUCCAUGGUGUUAGCCAAGGGCAGUGUGCACCCUUGUUGAUAUGUAAGUACAUAUUUAAUAUCUUUCAGGUGUUUAUGUCUGAAGAUGCACUCUGUGACGAUAAUGUCAUAUUUAUGGUUAUGCUAAUUUGUAGUUUAUACUGCGAGCUAGCUAUUGUGAGCUGGCUAGCUCUGGUUUGGUUGUCAUAUCAUUUUGGACAUUUAACCCUGUAUUUGUAAAGGAUAAUGUCCCCCCAGUGCGUUGUUUAUAUGCCCUGUAAUUGUAUAGGUGUAUGGUGCAUCAUUAUAUGGGGAUUACAUUGUAUUUCACUGUUCAUUGUGCAGUUGUAGCCCUGUACUGAAGAUGAUGGUGCUAUGCUUUGUAGUACACGUGCAGGGGCAUCCAUUUGAUCUCAAAUUAGUGCAGUCACAGUCAUUCACAGUCAGUCACAGUGCAGUCACAGUGCAGUCACAGUGCAGUCACAGUCAGUCACAGUCAGUCACAGUGCAGUCACAGUCAGUCACAGUCAGUCACAGUGCAGUCACAGUCAGUCACAGUCAUGUUGUAAUGCUCUGUCUGGUCCUGUACAGCAUUAAGUCAUCAUAGUCAUGUUAUAGCCAUGCAAAUUGUUUAUAAGAGAUGUGAAUUGGAGAUUGUAUUCUGUCAUUCACUAUUCUAUCUUUAUUUCUCUCUUUACUUGCAGACACACACACACACACUUUGAAUGAAGCAAGUUGCCAGACCACUAAGUGCCUUGGCCCAUCCAUACAAUAUACACUGUGCGGUGCUGUUCCGUGCCUGUGCGUAUUCAGCAUUAUUAAACCACCUCAACUGGAAUCCUGUCUGUCAUCUGUGCCCUUACCAGCACACGGGAGAGAACACAUACAGUUAAGCCUAAAGAAUAUACAGUCCACCAAGUCCUCACUUACAGUGAUUUGGGUAGCCUAUAGCACCAUAAUGCAUUGAGUGCAGCUAUAGAGGGGACUGAGAACAAAGUACUGCUGGUUAUGGACGACACAGUCCCCCUCCAAAAACCACAUAAUUGGUUAGUAGAGACCUUUCUGAUUUAUUUCCCACCCCGCUUUAGCUGAGACAGGUAGAAAAGUUCUCUACAGCCCCAAUAUUCUCAACAUACCAAUGUCAACGUUUUCAUUAUUGGUAUAAAUUACUAAUUACAUUUCCUUGUUGCCACAACAGAAGUGGCCAUUGAUUUAAAAAAAAUCGAUAUAUUUUGAAUUAGUUAUCGACAUUGAAAUGUUUUGAAAUGAGAGCUUUUAUUUGGAAGAUUUCCUCAUUACCAUACAACUGACGUCAUUGUUUGUGCUGCUGGUAGAAUACUGGCGACUCGGUUAACGGCUUCUUCCGCUGCGCAGCACAUCUCCAUAAAAACCAGGUAAGUUGACUGGCUAUUCAUUAUGAAAAUGAAAGACAUUCUGGUACAUUCUAACAUCUGUCUAGAAAUAUACAAGACAACUUCAUAAUAAGAUAGGGGAACACAAUCCUGACACCACAUUUUGAGCUAGCUAGCUAAUUUAGCUAGCUACGCGUUAGCUACACAGUUAGCCAGCAGAUUACCCGAGGUAGCAGGCUAACGUUGGGCUGUACUUGAACGUUAUUGAACAAGCUAACGCUAGUUAGCUAGUAAUUCAAUUACAUUUGCUCAGUGUUUAAUUUUAAAGUUACAUUUGUAGUUCACGCUGCUGAUGGUUUACAGUGUGGCGUGUAUUUAUGGAUGCCAAGGGAAACCAUGCUUCCCCCAAAAAUUGACCAAGAAAAAAAUAUAGAAAAUAAAAAUAUCUCGCCGUAGAAAAGCGAACGAACCAGCGCCCCUCUGUCUCAGUAUGUGUAGCGGAUCUAUCUGAUGCUGUCUGGUCAGAAAGAGUAUGACAUUGUUGACACCCAUUUUUUUUACAUUUACAUUUUAGUCAUUUAGCAGACGCUCUUACCCAGAGCGACUUACAGUUAGUGAGUGCAUACAUUAUUUAUUUAACAUUUUUUCAUACUGGCCCCCCUUGGGAAUCGAACCCACAACCCUGGCGUUGCAAACGCCAUGCUCUCAUUGUGCCCCUGGCCUGAGAGGAUGGAAGUUCAACAUGUGGCUAGAGGUAGUAUGCUAAUGUUAACUAGCUGGCCUGGUGUAUCAUUGCCCAUGAAAGGAAGUUAGGCUAGCGAGCAAGUAGGUAGCCAGGUAACCUAGGGCAACAAAACUACAUGUGGUAGAGCAAUUGGUAGAGCACAGUGCUUGUAACGCCAGGGUAGUGGGUUCGAUCCCCGGGACCACCCAUACGUAAAAAUGUAUGCACACAUGACUGUAAGUCGCUUUGGAUAAAAGCGUCUGCUAAAUGGCUUAUUAUAAUAAUAAAAGGUUGUACUGUAUGACAGUCGUAGACCGUUAGGCAACAUGAACAAGGAGGAUGGCAUUGGCGUUUCUCCACAAGUAGGGUGAACCAUGGUUUUUUUCUAUUUGCACGCACACACAAACGCACAUAAAUCACCCCCAUGGACAGCCACAUUAUAUUUAGCCUACGUUGAUUGAUUUUAGUUGUCACUGUAUUAGACUAAGCAGAGGUGAUUAGAUGAUGUUGAAAUGGUGCUGGAAUAGUGGAGGCAGCUCCUGUUUUCUUUGCGACUUGCAGUAACUCUCUGUGGUUCUAAAUCAAUAGUUGUUUAGUGGUCAGAAAAUGUUGGAAACAUGAACUUGCUUGACCGUGCUGUAGGUCAUGUAACAGUUUGUUAUAUGUAAUAUACUUUGUGGACUUGAUCUCCAUUUUGUAAUGAACCAAAGGUGUGGUUGAAUUUAUUCUGCCACUGUGUCUUCUUAUUGUCUCGACCUUAACAACGCAAUUAUCACAACCAAUGUUCCCUCUAAUUUUUUUGGCCAUUGAGCAAAUUUCAGGGCUGCAACGUCCUUUUUCUUUAUUUUCGAUCCCCAGUUGGUAGUUACAGUCUUGUCCCGUCGCUGCAACUCCCGUACGGACUCGGGAGAGGCGAAGGUCGAGAGCCUUGCGUCCUCCGAAACACGACCCUGCCAAGCCGCACUGCUUCUUGACACACUGCUCGCUUAACCCGGAAGCCAGCUGCACCAAUGUGUCGGAGGAAACACUGUACAACUGGCGACCGAAGUCAGCGUGCAUGCGCCCGGCCCGCCACAGGAGCCGAUAGAGCGCGAUGGGACAAGGAAAUCGCGGCUGGCCAAACCCUCCCCUAACCCGGACGACGCUGGGCCAAACCCUCCCCUAUCCCGGACGACGCUGGGCCAAACCCUCCCCUAACCCGGACGACGCUGGGCCAAACCCUCCCCUAACCCGGACGACGCUGGGCCAAACCCUCCCCUAACCCGGACGACGCUGGGCCAAACCCUCCCCUAUCCCGGACGACGCUGGGCCAAACCCUCCCCUAACCCGGACGACGCUGGGCCAAACCCUCCCCUAUCCCGGACGACGCUGGGCCAAACCCUCCCCUAACCCGGACGACGCUGGGCCAAUUGUGCGUCGCCUCAUGGGUCUCCCGGUCGCGGCCGGCUGCGACACAGCCCGAGAUCGAACUCGGGUCUGUAGUGACGCCUCGAGCACUGCAGUGCCUUAGACCGCUGCGCCACUCGGGAGGCCUCAACGUACUUCUUCUAAGCAGCCUUGCUCCCUUCCCAGGUGCCGUGGACAACAUCCUGUGACAGUUCCUCAGAACAUGUGGUCACAUUUGUUUAUGUCAAGAGGCAAGGCUGACAAGGUGUCGGCGUCAAUGUUGAUGUAUUUUAUGUCAAACCGGAAAUCUGACAGCUCUUUCACCCAGCGGUGGCCAACAGCGUUGAAUUUUGCGGUACUCAUGACAUUAGUGAGAGGAUUAUUACCAGUGUAAAUGGUGAAGUGGGGCGCAUAGAACAGAUGGUCUUUUAACGUUGUGCACAUUUCAAAGCGAGGAACUCCAGUUUCCCAGAAUGGAGAUUGUAGUUUCUCUCGGCUGGUGUGAGCGUCCUUGAGCCGUAUCCAAGAACCUUCAACCUCCCUUCCUGGCGUUGGCCCUUCUCUGAGGCAUCGUUGUGAAAGCGUGAAUGCUAAGUCGAAGUUGGGAUACGCCAACACAGGUGGGUUGGCUAGCGUGUUGAUCAGCAAUGUUCCCUCAAAAAAAUGUAGGCACUGAGCAAAUUUAAGGUCUGCUGAGCGCAAACUUGAAGGUUGUGAAAUUUCGGUGCAACUUCCAGCGCAUGUUUCCUGUGAACACUGAGGCUGGACCCGCUUUAAAUUACAGUUUUAACAGUGGCCAAGUAGGCUACUGUGGCUAUUUGAUCCUAAUGUAGGACUACCAGAGUGGCCUACCAUCAAAAACUAUGGAGAAAAUGCAUCCCAUAACAUUUAAACAUGGAAAUAUCUGUUCUAUCAUUCAGUCUACAGUAGCAGCCAAUGGGUGGUGUCCAAUGUAGGGCUACAUUCCAUCAGACUUUAGAAAAAACCAACCUGCAGGGCUUGGCAUUAACCUGUUUAUCCACUGGUCCUUCAGACAAGGAGGGGACUAAAAAUAUUGUGUUGUUUGAUGCAAGAAACCACUUUACAAAGUAAAAUGCAUUAUUAUUCCCAUACCAUUAUUACAGAGAAUCAGACAAAUUAUGCUACCCUCUGCCUAUUGGCUACUUAGCUUAUUCAAGCCUGUCUCAAAAUACAACACUGCCCCUUUAAGACAAAAAAAAGCUAUUGUAGGAAGCAAUCACUCCCCUAUUGCUGACUACAAAUGAUCUAUAACUGGGCUAAUAACUCACUAACUAGCAGAGGAUAUGAACAAAUGUGCACACGUGGCUACAUUUAUUUAACUAGGCAAGUCGGUUAAGAACACAUUUUUAUUUACAAUGACGGCCUACUUUCGUCCCGGACGACGCUGGGCCAAUUGUGCGCCGCCCUGUGGGACUCCCAAUCACACCGGUUGUGAUACAGCCUGGAAUUGAACCCGGGUCUGUAGUGACGCCUCAAGCACUGGAAUGCAGUGACUUAGACUGCUGCACCACUUGAGAGGCUGUGGACAUGCAACUUUUGCUUUGAUCUCAGAACAAGCGCAUCUACUCACGACCGCUCAUGCUGUAAACACAGUCCAGAUCAAAGUGAAUGGACCAGCUCCAUAAAUGGCAAUAGUCAAUUUGCAUAUAGGCCUACUGCAGCUCUGAUUGGUUAUGCCGGACCGGUCUGUGUAGAGUAGGGCUGAGUCAUGAGUGUCAAUGCAAUAGAAUCCAACUGAUGCGUUCUGCCUACAACAAAAUCUCUUGCAUAGUUAGUUUUGUUUUGGUAUGUUGCAUUGAAAGUGGCUAAUAGUGCAUUGAUUCGAUCACAAUUCCCACAGUAGAGGGGAACGUUGACCGUGUUAACUAAGGGGGAAAACUAGAAACUUUAGUGUGAAGUUAAAUCUCGUGCUUCUCUGCGCGGGCUGAUAUUUGUUCUGUGCAGCAGUACCAGGGUGCACUCGCCGCUUAGAGGGAACAUUGAUCACAACACAAACGUUGGAAUAUGUAAUAUGGAAUUCUUUUCUGGAUUGGCUUCCCCGGUGAUUAUACACACCGCUACUGCUGAUUUAGCAAAUGACCUGGCUAGCUAGCUGGUAGCCAUAGUCCGAAUAGACGUUCAUUACAUUCUCUCUCUAGUCAUGUCACAUUUUAAUUGUCACAUGCUUCGUAAACAAGCGUAGACUAACAUUGAAAUGCUUACUUACAGGCCCUCCCAAACAAUGCAGAAUACCAUUUUUUAAAAUACUAAUACGAGGAAUAAAUACACAAUGAGCAAUGAUAGCUAGGUUAUAUACACGGGGUAUCAGUACCGCGUCGAUGUGCAGGGGUACGAGGAAAUGGAGGUAGAUAUGUACAGAAUAAUGCAUUUUAUUUUGUAAAGUGGUUUCUUGCAUCAAACAACACAAUAUUUUCAGUCCCCUCCUUAUCUGAAGGACCAGUGGAUAAACAGGUUAAUGUCAAUAGUUUUUUCUAAAGUCUAAUGGAAUGUAGGGCUACAUUGGACACCACCCAUUGGCUGCUACUGUAGGCUGAAUGAUAGAACAGAUAUUUCCAUGUUAAAAUGUUACGUCUUCUAUGCUCGGACAGGGCACGUACAGCGCAUUCGGAAAGUAUUCAGGCCCCUUGACCUUUUGAUACAAAUAUAUAGAAUCCUCAUCAAUCUACAAACAAUACCCUAUAAUGACAAAGCCAAAACAGGUUUUUAUAAAUUUUUACAAAUGUAUAUAAAAUAAAGAGUUCAAACUGAGCAAUUAGGGGAGAAGGGCCUUGGUCAGGUAGGUGGCCAAGAACCCGAUGGUCACUCUGACAGAGCUCCAGAGUUCCUCUGUGGAGAUGGGAGAACCUUCCAGAAGGACAACCAUCUCUGCUGCACUCCACCAAUCAGGCCUUUAUGGUGGAGUGGCCAGGCGGAAGCACAUGACAGCCCACUUGGAGGCACCUAAAGGACUCUCAGACCAUGAGAAACAAGUUUCUCUGGUCUGAUUAAACCAAGAUUGAACUAUUUGGCCUGAAUGCCAAGUGUCACGUCUGGAGGAAACCUGGCACCAUCCCUACGGUGAAUCAUGGUGGUGGCAGCAUCAUGCUGUGGGGAUGUUUUUCAGCGGCAGGGACUUGGAGACUAGUCAAGAUUGAGGCAAAGAUGAACGGAGAGAUCCUUGAUGAAAACCUGCUGCAGAGCGCUCAGGACCUCAGACUGAGGCGAAGGUUCACCUUCCAACAGGACAAUGACCCUAAGCACGCAGCCAAGACAAUGCAGGAGUGGCUUCGGGACAAGUUUCUGAAUGUCCUUGAGUGGCCCAGCCAGAGCCCGGACUUGAACCCGAUCAAACAUCUCUGGAGAGACCUGAAAAUAGCUGUUCAGCGACGCUCCCCAUCCAACCUGACAGAGCUUGAGAGGAUCUGCAGAGAAGAAUGGGAGAAACUCCCCAAAUACAGGUGUGCCAAGCUUGUAGCAUCAUACCCAAGAAAACUUGUUGCUGUAAUUGCUGCCAAAUAUGCUUCAACAAAGUACUGAGUAAAGGGUCAUAAUACUUGUGUAAAUGUGAAAUUUCCGUUUGUAUUUUUUUUAAAUUAGCAAACAUUUCUAAAAUCCUGUUUUUGCUUUGUCAUUAUGGGGUAUUGUGUGUAGAUUGAUGAGGGGGAAAAACGAUUUAAUCCAUUUUAGAAUAUGUCUGUAACAUAACAAAAUGCGGGAAAAGUAUUUCCGAAGGCACUGUAUUCAACAGUACAAAUACACAAUUUCACGACUCUACGUGCAUAUUUAGUGAUAUAAAGACGGCCUCACUUCUACAUGUGACCAAAUGUCCAGUUUAAGCUCUUCAAUUAUGAACUCGCCCUGACCGGCUCCUGCCCGCUCCUCACUCAUCACCUCAAAUCUCUCUCCAUUUAGGUCAUGGAGGCAAGCAUUUGUUGAUUUAGUUUCCAUGACACCCAUACCUACGGAAGCCAACGAGGAUCAAAUUAAGAAAUUAGUUUUCCUGCUGGUAGACAGAGAUCCUUAGCGGAAUGAUAAAAUGCGUUUCUCAGCUGACGGAUUUGGAAUCAUAUGCAGAUAUUGUGAUGCGAUUCAAGAUCAAUAAAUGGAUUCAAGAUCAAUAAAUGUUGACACAUUAAACCAAUACGAAUUCAAUGCAUUACUUUGAUGCAUUACACAUGAUUUCCAUUUGAUUUCAUUGAUUCCCUCUUGUUUAAAUGCCAUUCAUGGUGCAGUAGACACGUUUGACCUUUAAUGACCAGUAGAUGGCAGUAUUGACCUGAUAUGAGAAGCUGUCACCCUUAGCUGGUCAGUGCAGUGUUGACCUGAUAUGAGAAGCUGUCGUGCAGUAUUGACCUGAUAUGAGAAGCUGUUACCCUCAACAGGUCAGUGCAGUAUUGACCUGAUAUGAGAAGCUGCCACCCUUAGCAGGUCAGUGCAGUAUUGACCUGAUAUGAGAAGCUGCCACCCUUAGCAGGUCAGUGCAGUAUUGACCUGAUAUGAGAAGCUGCCACCCAUAGCAGGUCAGUGUAAAUCACCGUUGUAACCAGGAACACGUUGCAUUAAUAAAACAGAAAACUAGAGACCAAGUGUCCGAGGUUAGAUAACCAUUUGUGUCCAGCAGCCGACCAUGCAUCAAAUAUGUUAAUACAGAGAAAAUUGUCACUUGGCACAAUGUUAUAGGAUACCUUCAGCUAAACAAUCAGGUAUGCAAUGGGCAGUAAAAAGUGUCUAAUCUUUUUAGCCACAUUAAUUUACUUCGGUUUCAGGUAAAUAGCAUCCGAGAAUAGGCGACAUUGCGCUAUAGGGUAAAGUGACUAGGCAACAGGAUACAUCGUAGAAAGUAGCAGAAAUACACUAUAUACACUACCAGUCAAAAGUUUGGACACACCUACUCAUUCCAGGGUUUUUCUUUAUUCUUACUAUUUUCUACAUUGUAGAAUAAUAGUGAAGACAUCAAAACUAUGAAAUAACACAUAUGGAAUCAUGUAGUAACCAAAACAGUGUUAAACAAAUCAAAGUAUAUUUUAUAUUUGAGAUUCUUCAAAGUAGCCACCCCCUUGAAUGAGUAGGUGUGUUCAAACUUUUGACUGGUACUGUAUAUAAAAGUAUGUGGACCCUUCAAAUUAGUGGAUUCAGCUAUUUCAGCCACACCCAAUGCUGACAGGUGUAUAAAAUGGAGCACACAGCCAUGCAAUCAUUGGCAGUAGAAUGGCCUUACUGAAGAGCUCAGUGACUUUCAACGUGGCACCGUCAUAGGAUGCCACCUUUCCAACAAGUCAGUUCGUCACAUUUCUGCCCUGCUAGAGCUGCCCCGGUCAACUGUAAGUGCUGUUAUUGUGAAGUGGAAACGUCUAGGUGCAACAACGGCUUAGCCGCGAAGUGGAAGGCCACACAAGCUCACAGAAAGGGACCGCAGAGUACUGAAGCGUGUAGCGCUUAAAAAUCGUCUGUCCUUGGUUGCAACAUUCACUACCGAGUUCCAAACUGCCUCUGGAAGCACAAGAACUGUUCGUCAGGGAGCUUCAUGAAAUGGGUUUCCAUGGCCGAGCAGCCACACACAAGCCUAAGAUCACCAUGCGCAAUGCCAAGCGUCGGCUGGAGUGGUGUAAAGCUCUCCGCCAUUGGACUCUGGAGCAGUGGAAACGCGUUCUCUGGAGUGAUGAAACACACUUCACCAUCUGGCAGUCCGACGGAAGAAUCUGGGUUUGGCGGAUGCCAGGAGAACGCUACCUGCUCGAAUGCAUAGUGCCAACUGUGAAGUUUGGUGGAGGAGGAAUAAUGGUCUGGGGCAGUUUUUCAUGGUUCGGGUUAGGCCCCUUAGUUCCAGAGUUGGAAGCACGAUUCUGUGCUUCCAACUUUGUGGCAACAGUUUGGGGAAGGCCCUUUCCUGUUUCAGCAUGACAAUGCCCCCGUGCACAAAGCGAGGUCCAUACAGAAAUGAUUUGUCGAGAUCAGUGUGGAAGAACUUGACUGGCCUGCACAGAGCCCUGACUUCAACCCCAUCGAACACCUUUGGAAUGAAUUGGAACGCCGACUGCGAGCCAGGCCUAAUCGCCCAACAUCAGUGCCCGACCUCACUAAUGCUCUUGUGGGUGAAUGGAAGCAAGUCCCCGCAGCAAUGUUCCAACAUCUAGUGGAAAGCCUUCCCAGAAGAGUGGAGGUUGUUAUAGCAGCAAAUGGGGGACCAACUCCCCUUUGUACACUGCCAUCUCCCAUCCCUGGAUUGAGGCACGUUUUCCGAGCUAUAUCUCGCGCCGCGCUGUCCUGAUCAUGGCGUAGCCGCGUUUCGUGUAAUGACCGUCUAGUCGGAUUCUGGCUAGCAAGCUACUUUAACAGGAUAGUGUCUGAGGCUGAUGAACCGGCUAGCUGAAUUCAAAGGGAAAUGCAUAACAGAUCCUACAAAAAAAGUAUAUAGUUAAUUUCCUGAAGUCCCAUAGAACAAGGCCAGUGAAACCAGAGGCAUGGCCCUGUCUUUCCCUCCCUAAAGUGAAACCUGACAUGUGAGAGAGAUGCUCCUGAACUGGUCUAGUGUAACACCUGUCUGUCUCUCUCCCCUCUCUCCCGUUCUCUUUAACCCUAGCUGGUGUUUACAGAACAUUUGUUGCUGUCUGAUUAGGAUAUGAAGGGCCUAGCCGGUGUUUACAGAACAUUUGGUGCUGUCUGAUUAGGAUUUGAAGGGCCUAGCUGGUGUUUACAGAACAUUUGGUGCUGUCUGAUUAGGAUAUGAAGGGCCUGGCUGGUGUUUACAGAACAUUUGGUGCUGUCUGAUUAGGAUAUGAAGGGCCUGGCUGGUGUUUACAGAACAUUUGGUACUGUCUGAUUAGGAUAUGAAGGGCCUAGCUGGUGUUUACAGAACAUUUGGUGUUGUCUGAUUAGGAUAUGAAGGGCCUAGCUGGUGUUUACAGAACAUUUGGUACUGUCUGAUUAGGAUAUGAAGGGCCUAGCUGGUGUUUACAGAAUAUUUGGUGCUGUCUGAUUAGGAUAUGAAGGGCCUGGCUGGUGUUUACAGAACAUUUGGUACUGUCUGAUUAGGAUAUGAAGGGCCUAGCUGGUGUUUACAGAACAUUUGGUACUGUCUGAUUAGGAUAUGAAGGGCCUAGCUGGUGUUUACAGAACAUUUGGUACUGUCUGAUUAGGAUAUGAAGGGCCUGGCUGGUGUUUACAGAACAUUUGGUACUGUCUGAUUAGGAUAUGAAGGGCCUAGCUGGUGUUUACAGAACAUUUGGUACUGUCUGAUUAGGAUAUGAAGGGCCUAGCUGGUGUUUACAGAACAUUUGGUGCUGUCUGAUUAGGAUAUGAAGGGCCUGGCUGGUGUUUACAGAACAUUUGGUACUGUCUGAUUAGGAUAUGAAGGGCCUAGCUGGUGUUUACAGAACAUUUGGUACUGUCUGAUUAGGAUAUGAAGGGCCUAGCUGGUGUUUACAGAACAUUUGGUGCUGUCUGAUUAGGAUAUGAAGGGCCUAGCUGGUGUUUACAGAACAUUUGGUACUGUCUGAUUAGGAUAUGAAGGGCCUGGCUGGUAUUUACAGAACAUUUGGUGCUGUCUGAUUAGGAUAUGAAGGGCCUGGCUGGUGUUUACAGAACAUUUGGUGCUGUCUGAUUAGGAUAUGAAGGGCCUAGCUGGUGUUUACAGAACAUUUGGUACUGUCUGAAUUUGGUACUGUCUGAUUAGGAUAUGAAGGGCCUAGCUGGUGUUUACAGAACAUUUGGUGCUGUCUGAUUAGGAUAUGAAGGGCCUAGCUGGUGUUUACAGAACAUUUGGUGCUGUCUGAUUAGGAUAUGAAGGGCCUAGCUGGUGUUUACAGAACAUUUGGUACUGUCUGAUUAGGAUAUGAAGGGCCUAGCUGGUGUUUACAGAACAUUUGGUGCUGUCUGAUUAGGAUAUGAAGGGCCUGGCUGGUGUUUACAGAACAUUUGGUACUGUCUGAUUAGGAUAUGAAGGGCCUAGCUGGUGUUUACAGAACAUUUGGUACUGUCUGAUUAGGAUAUAAGGCCUACUGGUGUUUACAGAACAUUUGGUGCUGUUGAUUAGAUAUGAAGGCCUAGCUGGUGUUUACAGAACAUUUGGUGCUGUCUGAUUGGAAUGAAGGGCCUAGCUGGUGUUUAGAACUUUGUGCUGUCUGAUAGGAUAUGAAGGGCCUGGCUGGUGUUUACAAACUUUGGUACUGUCUGAUUAGGAUAUGGGGCCUAGCUGUGUUUACAAACUUUGGUACUGCUGUUAGGAUAUAAGGGCCUAGCGUGUUUACAGAACAUUUGGUGCUGUCUGAUUAGAAUGAAGGCCUAGCUGGUGUUACAGAAAAACUUUGGAUGUCUGAUUAGGAUAUGAAGGGCUGGCUGGUAUUUACAGAACAUUUGGUGCUGUCUGAUUAGGAUAUGAGGUUGCUGGCCUGGUGUUUACCCGAACAUUUGGUGCGUCUGAUUAGGAUAUGAAGGGCCUACUUGGUGUUUACAGAACAUUUGGGGACUGUCUGAAUUUGGUACUGUCUGAUUAGGAUAUGAGGGCCUAGCUGGUGUUUACAGAACAUUGGUCUGUCUGAUUAGGAUAUGAAGGGCCUAGCUGGUGUUUUACAGAACAUUUGGUACUGUCUGAUUAGGAUUAUGAAAGGCUAGUUGUUUACAGAACAUUUGGUACUGUCUGAUUAGGAUAUGAAGGGCCGCUGGUUUUUACAGAACAUUUGGUACUGUCUGAUUAGGAUAUAAUAUAUAUAUAUUUUUUCUCUGUUUCCGUUCUGGCGUUGUCUCCCUGUUGCAACUUGUCAUAAACCAGUUAGAUUUUUGUAUUUACUUUAUCUGUGACUUUUCUUCUGUUCACCUGGAAAUUGAAACCCUUUCUCUCUCUCCUCCACCCCUCCCCUCCAGGGAGAUGUUGCUGUAGUGUAACUCUACCUCUUCCCCUCCCCUCCAGGGAGAUGUUGCUGUAGUGUAACUCUACCUCUUCCCCCCCCCUCCAGGGAGAUGUUGCUGUAGUGUAACUCUACCUCUUCCCCCCCCCCUCCAGAGAGAUGUUGCUGUAGUGUAACUCUACCUCUUCCCCCCCCCUCCAGGGAGAUGUUGCUGUAGUGUAACUCUACCUCUUCCCCCCCCCUCCAGGGAGAUGUUGCUGUAGUGUAACUCUACCUCUUCCCCCCCCUCCAGGGAGAUGUUGCUGUAGUGUAACUCUACCUCUUCCCCCCCCCCUCCAGGGAGAUGUUGCUGUAGUGUAACUCUACCUCUUCCCCCCCCCUCCAGGGAGAUGUUGCUGUAGUGUAACUCUACCUCUUCCCCCCCCCUCCAGGGAGAUGUUGCUGUAGUGUAACUCUACCUCUUCCCCCCCCCUCCAGGGAGAUGUUGCUGUAGUGUAACUCUACCUCUUCCCCCCCCCUCCAGGGAGAUGUUGCUGUAGUGUAACUCUACCUCUUCCCCCCCCUCCAGGGAGAUGUUGCUGUGUGCUCUGGGGGGCCUGCUGCUGCUGCUCUUCUCCUGUCUGGAUGUCUGGUACUUCCUGCGGGGGGUGGUGGUGGUGGUGCAGGCCUGGUUUCAACCCCCGGUCUGGGACGUCCUGGCAGAGCAGAGUGUUCCUGGGAGGGUCCUACCUCAUGACCUGGACUAUAUGGGUCACAUGAACAACGCCAGAUACCUCCGGGAGUGUGACUUCGCCAGGUUAGACGAACACACGAACACAGGCCUGUUUUACUGGGCCACUUUACUGCUUUACUUUAAAAACAUAUUGAAGUGUUUUGUAUGUUUUAGGAUAGAUAGAGGUGAAAGAGCAGUGGGCCGGAUUCACUGAGAUUAGAAUUUGUGCUGAUCUAUUUCAUUAUUAUUAUUCUCGUCAGAUAUUAUGCAUUUUACCACAAUUUCCACGACUACUAAAGCAACGCUUCUCAUUGUUUUCAUACCCAUAACAUGAUGCAGCCACCACCGUGCUUGACAAUAUGAAGAGUGGUACUCAGUGAUGUGUUGUGUUGGAUUUUCCCCAAACAUUCAGGACAUAAAGUUAAUUUCUUUGCCACAUUUUUAGCAGUUUUACUUAAGUGCCUUUAGGGCUGUCCCCGAUGAAAUAAAUCUUGGUCGAUUGGUCGACGUUUUAAACGUGUAUUUUUCCUUAUAUAGACACACCUGUGUUUUAAUAAAAUCAACCAUAUGUAGGCUUCUGAGCUUGUCUGAUGCUUUAAGCACACUGUGAAUGAAUAAUUAAGACACACAAAUGACUCAAGAGGGAACCAAAGAUCAAGAUAGCUUAACCAAAAGAAGGGAAAAAAUAAACGAUUCCCGACCCUCCUCCUCCCGACCCCCCCCUCCUCCCGACCCCCCUCCUCCCGACCCUCCUCCUCCCGACCCCCCUCCUCCCGACCCUCCUCCUCCCGACCCUCUUCCUCCCGCUGCCGCUGGCCUUUGCAGAUUCUGCCGUUACGCUCCUGAAGUUGCCUGUAGGUAAUAGUCUACACCAGGGGUCCUUUUCCAUUUGGAGUGCCAAGUUAUCUUACCAUUUCUAGUUUAGAUUUUCAUAUGUACAUUUUCGUGGAACAGUUUAUUUUAUAAUAAGUAUUUGUGUCUCAAAAUCAUCAUGUGGUUAAUCAAAAUUCUAAAAGUAACUAAUAUUGCCAAUGCCAACUAUGUAAAAUAACAGGUAGAAAAUAUCCUAAAUAAAAAUAAAUGUCCUAUAAAUCACAUUGGCUAUGCAUGGCCAGUCUGCAACGAACAAGAAACAUUGUAUCAACAAUUAACUUGAGUCUGGCCUGAAGCUUCCGCUACCAAACUUGCAACAUUGUAUAAAAUAUUCUGGUUCCUCAGAGUUUUUCCCUGCACCAGUGAGCUCCGGACAGACGGACACAGCUGGAGGCUGUUUGCACAAGGGAUAAGAAGUAAUCAGGUAGGCUUUUUUUUAUGACGUUUCCACCAGAUCAGAGCAUGACAUUUUUUCUCCUUUCAUGCUAAGUGGUUAUCGAAGGAGAGAGAGCUGGAAAGAUUUUUUAAAUAGGCUACGUUGAGGAACUAUUGUCAUUCUCAAUGGAUGUAAAAACAGACUUUGUUUACUUGCUGUUUCGAGGUGAAGAAAACAUUUCUUUGAGAAGCUCCACAGUGGUGGUGAUUUAAGACAAUCAGAAAUACUAUCAGAUCCCCAAAUGGGCACAUUUUAUAGGCCUACAUUAAUACACAGGCCAGGUAGCCUAGGACUACUUCUAUGCAUAAUUAAUGCGCGUCAUUACUCAACAUUGACAGGAGCGCUACAAUGAAUACAUUGACAACUUGUAAAUGGAAAUAAACCAAGCCUUGGUCCCCACAAGCGUAGCCUAGGUUGUGCCGUCCACUCCGACAGAAAACGGUAAAAGACUGGAAUAAUAAUAAUAUAUUAAAUGCAUUAACAGAAAUUACCGUAACCAAGCAAACAUUGCAGAUUGGAAAAUAUGGGAAUUAACGGUAAAUGUACUACUGGUGAUACUGGUGAUCCCUGUGGCCUCCGCAAUGGAUUAGUCCACUGAGACAGGCGUGAAUCAGACAGGCGAGAAAUCAGACAGGCGUGAAUCAGACAGGCGUGAAUCAGACAGGCGUGAAUCAGACAGGCGUGCCAUAAAAAAAAUAUAUAUAUAUAUUUGCGACUGCUCGAUUUAAAAAUUUAUUGUGGUCGACCAACAGCCUAUCAACCGAACAAUCGACCAGUCGACUAAAUGGGGUCAGUCCUAAGGGCCUUAUUGCAAAAAGGAUGCAUGAUUUGGAAAAUUGUUAUUCUGUACAGGCUUCCUUCUUUUCACUCUGUCAUUUAGGUUAGUAUUGUGGAAUAACUACAAUGUUGUUGAUCCAUCCUCAGUUUUCUGCUACCACAGCCAUUAAACUCUGUAACUGUUUUAAAGUCACCAUUGGCCUAAUGGUGAAAUCCCUGAGCGGUUUCCUUCCUCUCCGGCAACAGAGUUAGGAAGGACGCCUGUAUCUUUGUAGUGACUGGGUGUAUUGAUACACCAUCCAAAGUGUAAUUAAUAACUCCACCAUGCUCAAAGGGAUAUUCAGUGUCUGCUUAUUUUAAAAAAAAUUACCCAUCUACCAAUAGGUGCUCUUUGCGACCCAUUGGAAAACCUCCCUGGUCUUUUUGGUUGAAUCUGUGUUUGAAAUUCACUGCUCGACUGAGGGACCUUACAGAUAAUUGUAUGUGUGGGGUAGUGAUGAGGUAGUCAUACAAAAAUCAUGUUAAACACUAUUAUUGCACACAGAGUGAGUCCAUGCAACUUUAUUAUGUGACUUGUUAAACAAAUCUUUACUCCUGAACUAAUUUAGGCUUGUCAUAACAAAGGGGUUGAAUACUUAUUGACUCAAGAAAGAUUGUGUGUGUGUGUACAGUACCAGUCAAAAGUUUGGAUGUAGUAACCAAAAAAGUGUUAAACAAAUCAAAAUAUAUUUUGUAUUUGAGAUUCUUAUGUGGGAACUCCUUCAAGACUGUUGGAAAAAGCGCUCCUCAGGUGAAGCUGGUUGAGAGAAUGCCAAGAGUGUGCAAAGCUGUCAUCAAGGCAAAGGGUGGCUACUUUGAAGAAUCGCAAAUAUAAAAUAUAUUUUGAUUUGUUUAACACUUUUUUUUGGUUACUACAUGAUUCCAUAUGUGUUAUGUCAUCGUUUUGAUGUCUUCAGUAUUAUUCUACAAUGUAGAAAAUAGUACAAAUAAAGAAAAACUCUUGAAUGAGUAGGUGUGUCCAAACGUUUGACUGGUAGUGCAUUCGGAAUGUAUUCAGACCCCUUCCCUUUGUCCACAUUUUGUUACGUUACAGCCUUAUUCAAUAAUAGAUUAAAUUAAUUGUUUUCCUCGUCAAUUUACACACAAUACCCCAUAAUUAAAAAGUUAAAACAGGUUUGUAGAAAUGUUCGCGCAUUUAUAAAAAUAAAAAUAAAAACCUCAUUUACAUAAGUGUUCAGACCCUUUGCUAUGAGACUCGAUAAUUGAGCUCAGGUGCAUCCUCUUUCCAUUGAUCAUCCUUGAGAUGUUUCUACCCAAGAAGAGUCAAGGCUGUAAUCGCUACCAAAGGUGCUUCAACAGAGUACUGAGUAAAGGGUCUGAAUACUUAUGUAAAUGUGAUAUUAAUGUUUUUUUUUAAAUCUUCUUAAAAAAACAAACUGUUUUGGCUUUGUCAUUAUGGUGUAUUGUGUGUAGAUUGAUGAGGAAAGUAUUCAGACCAUUUGCCUUGUUCCACAUGUUGUGUUACAGCCUUAUUCUAAAAUAGAUUCAAUUCAUCAAUUUACACACAAUACACCAAAAUGACGAAGCAAAACCAGGUUUUUUAUUUAAUUUAUUUUUAUUUAAAAACUGAAAUAUUACAUUUACAUUUUACGUCAUUUAGCAGACGCUCUUAUCCAGAGCGACUUACAAAUUGGUGCAUUCAACUUAUGAUAGCCAGUGGGACAACCACUUUUUUUUUAGGGGGGUGGGGGGGUAGAAGGAUUACUUUUAUACUAUUCCAGGUAUUCCUUAAAGAGGUAGGGUUUCAAGUGUCUCCGGAAGGUGGUCAGUGACUCUGCUGUCCUGGCAUCGUGAGGGAGCUUGUUCCACCAUUGGGGUGCCAGAGCAGCGAAUAGCUUUGACUGGGCUGAACGGGAACUGUGCUUCCGUAGAGGUAGGGGGGCUAGCAGGCCAGAGGUGGAUGAACGUAGUGCCCUCGUUUGGGUGUAGGGUCUGAUCAGAGCCUGAAGGUAAGGAGGUGCCGUUCCCCUCACAGCUCCGGAGGCAAGCACCAUGGUCUUGUAGUAGAUGCGAGCCUCAACUGGAAGCCAGUGGAGUGUGCGGAGGAGCGGGGUGACAUGAGAGAACUUGGGAAGGUUGAACACCAGACGGGCUGCAGCGUUCUGGAUGAGUUGUAGGGGUUUAAUGGCACAGGCAGGGAGCCCAGCCAACAGCGAGUUGCAGUAAUCCAGACGGGAGAUGACAAGUGCCUGGAUUAGGACCUGUGCCGCUUUCUGUGUAAGGUAGGGUCGUACUCUGCGAAUGUUGCAGAGCAUGAACCUGCAGGAUCGGGUCACCGCUUUGAUGUUAGCGGAGAAUGACAGGGUGUUGUCCAGGGUCACGCCAAGGUUCUUUGCACUCUGGGAGGAGGACACAACGGAGUUGUCAACCGUGAUGGCGAGAUCAUGGAACGGGCAGUCCUUCCCCGGGAGGAAGAGCAGCUCCGUCUUGCCGAGGUUCAGCUUGAGGUGGUGAUCCGACAUCCACUCUGAUAUGUCUGCCAGACAUGCAGAGAUGCGAUUCGCCACCUGGUUAUCAGAAGGGGGAAAGGAGAAAAUUAAUUGUGUGUCGUCUGCGUAGCAAUGAUAGGAGAGACCAUGUGAGGAUAUGACAGAGCCAAGUUACUUGGUGUAUAGAGAGAAUAGGAGAGGGCCUAGAACUGAGCCCUGGGGGACACCAGUGGUGAGAGCACGUAGUGCGGAGACAGAUUCUCGCCACGCCACCUGGUAGGAGCGACCUGUCAGUUAGGACGGAAUCCAAGAGUGAGCAGCGCUGGAGAUGCCCAACUCGGAGAGGGUGGAGAGGAGGAUCUGAUGGUUCACAGUAUCAAAGGCAGCAGAUAGGUCUAGAAGGACGAGAGCAGAGGAGAGAGAGUUAGCUUUAGCAGUGCGGAGAGCCUCUGUGACAUAGAGAAGAGCAGUCUCAGUUGAAUGACCAGUCUUGAAACCUGACUGGUUUGGAUCAAGAAGGUCAUUCUGAGAGAGAUAGCAGGAGAGUUGGCUAGAGACGGCACGCUCAAGAGUUUUGGAGAGAAAAUAAAGAAGGGAUACUGGUCUGUAGUUGUUGACAUCGGAGGGAUCGAGUGUAGGUUUUUUGAGGAGGGGUGCAAUUCUCGCUCUCUUGAAGACGGAAGGGACAUGGCCAGCGGUCAAGGAUGAGUUGAUGAGCGAGGUGAGGUAAGGGAGAAGGUCUCCGGAAAUGGGCUGGAGAAGAGAGGAGGGGAUAGGGUCAAGCGGGCAGGUUGUUGGGCAGCCGGCCGUCACAAGUCGCAAGAUUUCAUCUGGAGAGAGAGGGGAGAAAGAAGUCAAAGCAUAGGGUAGGGCAGCGUGAGCAGGACCAGCGGUGUCAUUUGACUUAAUAAAUGAGGAUAGAAUGUCGUCGACCUUCUUUUCAAAAUGGUUGACGAAGUCAUCCACAGAGAGGGAGGAGGGAGGAGGAGGAGGAUUCAGCAGGGAGGAGAAGGUGGCAAAGAGCUUCCUAGGGUUAGAGGCAGAGGCUUGAAAUUUAGAGUGGUAGAAAGUGGCUGUAGCAGCAGAAACAGAGGAAGAGAAUGUAGAGAGGAGGGAGUGAAAAGAUGACAGGUCCGCAGGGAGUCUAGUUUUCCUCCAUUUCCGCUCAGCUGCCCGGAGCCCUUUUCUGUGAGCUCGCAAUGAGUCGUCAAGCAACGGAGCAGGAGGGGAGGACCGAGCCGGCCGGGAGGAUAGGGGACAUAGAGAGUCAAAAGAUGCAGAAAGGGAGGAGAGGAGGGUUGAGGAGGCAGAAUCAGGAGAUCGGAGGGAGAAGGAUUUAGCAGAGGGAAGAGAUGAUAGGAUGGAAGAGGAGAGAGUAGCGGGAGAGAGAGAGCGAAGGUUGCCACGGCACAUUACCAUCUAAGUAGGGGCAGAUCAAGGCCUCAAGCUCAUUGACAUUUACAUUUACAUAAGUAUUCAGACCCUUUACUCAGUACUUUGUUGAAGCACCUUUGGCAGCGAUUACAGCCUCAAGUCUUCUUGGGUAUGACGCUACAAGCUUGGUACACCUAUAUUUGGACAGUUUCUCCCAUUCUUCUCUGCAGAUCCUCUCAAGCUCUGUCAGGUUGGAUGGGGAGCUUCGCUGCACAGCUAUUUUCAGGUCUCUCCAGAGAUGUUCGAUCGGGUUCAAGUCCAGGCUCUGGCUGGGCCACUCAAGGACAUUCAGAGACUUGGCCUGAAGCCAAGCUGGCUGUCAUGUGCCUUUUACUGAGGAGUGGCUUCCGUCUGGCCACUACCAUAAAGGCCUGAUUGGUGGAGUGCUGCAGGGAUGCUGGUCCUUCUGGAAGGUUCUCCCAUCUCCACAGAGGAACUCUGGAGCUCAGUUUGGCCGGGCGGCCAGCUCUAGGAAGAGUCUUGGUGGUGCCAAACUUCUUCCAUUUAAGAAUGAUGGAGGCCACUGUGUUCUUGGGGACCUUCAAUGCUGAAUAAAUGUUUUGGUACCCUGCCUCGACACAAUCCUGUCUCGGAGCUCUAUGGACAAUUCCUUCGACCUCAUGGCUUGGUUUUUGCUCUGACAUCCACUGUCAACUGUGGGGACCUUUUUAUAUAGACAGGUGUGUGCCUUUCCAAAUCAUGUCCAAUCAAUUGAAUUUACCACAGGUGGACUCCAAUCAAGUUGUAGAAACAUCUCAAGGAUGAUCAAUGGAAACAGGAUGCACCUGAGCUGAAUUUCAAGUCUCAUAGCAAAGGGUCUGAAUACUUAUGUAGAUAAGGUAUUUCUGUUUUAUUUGUAAUAAAAUAUAUCUAUCCAAGGUAAUACAGGUAAUAUUGGUGGACGUGGAUAUUUGGGGUUUUAAGGUAUUUUAGAUGUAUUUCUGGAUUGAAUGGGAUCCUAUGGGCAAACGGCAUGACACAAUAUGUCUACACGUUUCAAAAUACGUGAGAUAUGGACCAAAAACUGCCUUGGGAUAUUAUUAACAACAGUAUAGGUAAGUUUGAAAUCAGGGACACGUCAAAAUGGAGGAUAUUCUCCUUUCAGUGGUAGCGUUGCUCUUUGCCGAAACACAAACUGCCAAUUGUGACUUUAAGUAAAAUAAAUGGGGUUUAUUAUAUUACUGUUUAUAAACCCCAUAUUUCAAACUUAAUCAAAUAACUGUUGUUUUACAAAAAAUCUAUACAGUAUGUUUAAGGCGUGGUCCAAGUAAAUACAUAAAGUUACCAGCAUAGCACACCCAUUGACUAUACAUUAGAAUUAGCUUAUUAUCAUUACCGAAAUUAAGGUUCUCAUUACCGAAACGGACCUAAAAAGGACGGUAAUGAGGCCCAUAGCUCAAUCAAUCAAAUAAAAGGAGACAGCCAUUAUUAACCCGCAAAGAUUGUCUACAUCACUAAAGCCCAUUCAUGCCUCCAUGUUGGUAAGGUAAUGGUACUCUGACUUUUUCCCAAUUUAGCGUUUUAGCCAUUUCGGUAGUGAGAAGGCCAAGUGGGGUAACGGGGGUGUUUUAAGGUAUAUAAGCGAAUAAAUGAACUUUAACCUGUGGACUGCUCCUCUAAACCAGGGUUCCCAGAGUUCCCUGGGCAGGUGGGUCCUGAGUUAUGAGAAUACAUCUAUAAUCACACACACUUUCUUCUUUGGGUUAAUGGAGGACGAUUUGGGUCAGGGGAGGACGGUCAAUGUCUCAUUUGGGUCUGGAGCUGAAAUAGUUUUAAGGAUCCCUGCUCUAGAUAAUGCAUCGUGGGUGUGUUUUUAUGUAAUAAACAUAUUUGAAUGUAAACAACUUCACAAUUUUUAUGAUUUAUGGACAAACUACAGUACCAUAUUUUGUGUUUUAUUCAAAGGGUUAGGUUUUUCUAAAGUAAAAUUGUAUAAAAUACUUCCGCAUUUAAUCCGGAUGCAUUUUGGUAAUAAGAAUUAGUGGUGAAAAUGUACAAAAAUUCAGGUAAGACACUUUCCCUAAAACUAAAACUACACAUCUUAGUUCUCAGAAUGAUAGUUGAUUUUUUGCAGAUGCAUCAUGGUUUUGUAACUCAAUUUGCUGCAGACAUUUUAAAAACUGGUUUCAUGAGAAUCCCUCAGAUGUACGUAUUUGCAUCCGGUGAUGUCUGUACCCGUUCCCUCCUCCUCCAGGUUCCACCAUUACAUGCGUAACGGGAUCUGUAAAGCGCUGCGGACCCUGGGGGCCACUAUGGUGGUCGGGGCCUCCACCAUUCGCUACCGACGCUCGCUGGCCUUCGGGGAAGCAUUUGACUUGCGCACCCGCAUCGUGGCAUGGGACGACAAGUCAUUCUUCGUGGAGCAGCGGUUUGUCUCCCAGGGCGACGGGUUCAUCUCCGCGGUGAUGCUAUGCAGACAGAACGUUCUCCGUAGCAACCCUGAGAGCAUCCUACAGCUGCUCUGCAAGCGGAAGGUAGGAGAGGAAGGGAGGUGAGGGAGGACGGGAGGAGAGGAAGGAGAGGAAGGAGAGGAGAGGAGAGGAGAGGAGAGGGAGGAGAGGGAGGAGAAGCGGGAGAGAGGAGAGGGAGGAGAGAGGAGAGGAAGGAGAGGGAGGAGAGAGGGGAGAGGAGAGGAAGGAGAGAUGAGAGGUGAAGGAGGGGAGAGGAGAGGAGAGGGAGGAGGGGAGAGGAAGGAGAGAGGAGAGGAAGGAGAGGAGAGGAGAGGAAGGAGAGGGAGGAGGGGGGAGAUAUGAUGGGCCUUUGAUGCAUGGGAUAUCACUCAGUCCAUAUGAUGGGCCUUUGAUGCAUGGGAUAUCACUCAGUCCAUAUGAUGGGCCUUUGAUGCAUGGGAUAUCACUCAGUCCUCUUCUCUGUGUGUGUUCAGGUGGAGUGUCCCGACUACCCUGAGGAUCUGCAGCACUGGAUCAGCUUCAUCUCAGCCAGCAGCCAGGCACUGAGAGCCCAGAGUGGACUAGUGGACAAGACUGGAGCACAGGAAGACAAAGACAAGUGA